AUGGUUUUAGUUCAAGAUUUGUUACACCCAAACCCAGCUUCUGAAGCUCAACAACACAAAUUAAAGACCUUAGUCCAAGGUCCAAGAUCUUUCUUCAUGGAUGUUAAGUGUCCAGGUUGUUUACAAAUCACCACCGUUUUCUCCCACUCUCAAACUGCUGUCACCUGUGACUCUUGUACCAAUGUCUUGUGUACUCCAACCGGUGGUAAGUGUAAGUUAUCUGACGGUUGUGCAUUCAGAAGAAAGUAA